AUGACAAACACCAGCUUUCAGAACUUCAUCUUUGGUUUCUGUACAAGCCUUCUCAUCAUCACAACCCUAAGCCAUAGCGUGCGUGCAUCCCUUUUCAUCUUCGGGGAUUCAAUAUAUGAUGCUGGAAACAAUAACUAUAUAAACACUAGUUAUCGGGCAAAUUUUCGGCCAUAUGGUGAAACCUUUUUUAAGAACCCAACGGGAAGAUUUUCGGACGGUCGUCUAAUUUCAGAUUUUAUAGCUGAGUACGCAAAACUACCUAUUAUUCCACCGUAUCUACAACCCGGCAAUCAGCAAUUUACAUAUGGUGCAAAUUUUGCAUCUGCAGGAGCUGGUGCUCUGGUUGAAACUUUCCACGGUUUGGUGAUAGACCUUAAUUCUCAACUUUCAAAUUUUGAGCGAGUUCAUGAGUCAUUGAGGAAGAAUUUAGGGGAUGAAGAAGCCAACACUUUGAUAUCAAGAGCUGUUUACUUAUUUAGUGUCGGAGGCAACGAUUACUCAUACAUAUUCGGGACAAACUCCAGCAUCCAGCAUCCUCACAGGGAAUUUGUAGGAACUGUUCUAGGCAACAUAACUGCAGCGAUCAAAGAAGUAUACAACAAAGGAGGAAGAAAAUUUGGGUUUCUUAACCUUGAUCCUCUUGGUUGUAUACCAUACUCAAGAGCACUUGAGAAGAAACAAAAAGAUGGAUGCUUUGAAGAGAUUACACCGUAUGUAGAACUCCACAAUGAAGAACUUCCCAAACUCCUUCAAAAGCUGGAGACUGAACUCAAGGGAUUUAAAUACUCGCUUUCCAACUAUAAUGAGUUUCUGAGUGAAAGGAUAAAUAACCCUUCUAAAUAUGGUUUUAAGGAGGGGAAGGUGGCAUGUUGUGGAAGUGGUCCGUAUAGAGGAACUUUCAGCUGCGGAGGCCAAGAUCGAGGUACUAAAGAGUAUGAUUUAUGCCCGAAUGCAAGUGAAUAUGUCUUCUUUGACUCUGGUCAUCCAACAGAAGGGGUCAAUCAGCAAUUUGCUACGCUAUUUUGGAGUGGAACUCCCAAUCUCAAAGCACUAUUUGAAAAUUAG